AUGACGGGCCUCAUCUAUACUGUAAGCAAAGAGAGGUUUGGCUUGGCUGAGAAGAAGCCAGAGAAGCCAGCCCCAAUCAUCAGCAGAAGACAGAGGCUAAUCAAACAGAUCAGAAAGGAGCUUACAAUUGUAAAGAUGCAGUAUAGAAAAGCCAAGGAAGAAGAGAAAGUAGGACUCCAACAGUUACGAAGCACUUUACGAGAGAAACUGAGCACUCUCAACAAGGCUGAGCAAACAAGACAGAGGAAAAGGAAGAGGGAGAGACAGAGAGCUAGAUUAAUCCAGAAUCCAUACCAAUUCUCCAAAGACACCCUUGACAACGAACGAUCAGGAACAUUAGAGAGCAGUAUGGAGGACAUAGAACAGCACUUACGCAAUGUCCACAGUGAUCCUUCACGGGAGGUUCCACUGGGUGACUGUUCAAGGCUAGAACCAGAAGACCCACACAAAGGAGCCAUUAUUAGUUAUUUGGAGAAAGGGCAAAAUCCCGGAUUGCUGGAAGAGAGCGGAGGGAAUAUUCGCCCAAAGGAGAAGGACUCGAAGGAUAUUGGUCAGUUCCGGACCAUUUCUCUGCUCAACGUAGAGGGGAAAAUAUUCUUUGCAGUCCUAGCCAAGCGACUGACAACGUUCCUUACUGACAACAACUACGUUGAUACGUCAAUUCAGAAGGGUGGAGUUCCCGGAUUUUCAGGCUGCGUCGAGCAUACCAGUGUUCUCAGCCAAGUGAUCCGGGAGGCACGAGUGAACCAUGAUGACCUGACUGUAGUGUGGCUAGACCUUGACAACGCUUAUGGAUCAAUACCCCACAAGUUGAUUGAGAAGGCACUUGAGCAGUAUCAUGUACCAGAACAUGUUUGUAACCUGGUAAAAGACUACUACACAGAUAUUAAGCUACGCUUUGCUGUGGGAGACAAGACAACAGCAUGA